AUGAGUACCACUGUAACAUCAUUGGAAAUGCGCCUGCUCCACAGAUGCGAGAUUGCAUUUGGCCAAAAAAUACAAUUGAGCGAUUGUUUAAGUAACUUGGCAACAUUAGUAGCAUUCGAGAAGCAAGGAAUACAACAAUGUCCCGCGAAUCUUUCAUUCCCACAAUAUAUUCAUAACAGUGGUUAUGACAGUGCUUGCGGUCGAGUGGAAAGGCAAAUCAAUCAAUUCGUAAUGCCAAUGCUGCAGUUAUUAUGUCUUUCCGGAAAUAUUCUAAAUUUGCUCAUCUAUCGAUUACCUUACUUUCAAGGCAGCACAUCAGUUCAUUUCCUGAAAGUAAAAGCUUACGCUAAUUUGGUGUUCGUUGAAUCCAGAGUUCUUGAGGUGAUACAUGCGUGGAAUGUGCAUGCUAAUCCUGCAUUUGAAACAUUUUAUUGGUACACGAAACCAUAUGUCAUUACAAUGGCUAGCAUAAGCGGUACAGUAUCCACAUGGAUGACAUUAGUGAUAACAAUUGAAACGGUGCUCUGUGUAUUAUUACCAUUUUAUUUUCGUCAAAUUUGCACAAAACGAUUAAGUUUGAUAAUACUAUUUUGCUUCGUGCUAUGCAGCAUUUUCUUGCAUAUACCAUUUAUAUUCAGUCAAACAGUUAUCAGCAGCCCGAUAUUAAAGGAAUUGGAAAAUCGACAAUAUAAUAGAUGCUAUUGGAUCACAAAUCAAUAUUUUAUGGAAACGUAUAGGGAACCAUUUUAUGAGUACAUACAAAAAACAUAUUAUUGGUUGCAAAUAACACUAUCUAUUCUUAUCCCAAAUAUUGCUAUGCUGAUAUGCUCUGUAUUAAUCGUCGCGCAAUUUAGUUUCAAGAAUCACAACGAAUCAUUUAGUCAACGACGAAAAUGUGUGAUUAGGAUGACAGUUGCGACAACACUGUCACAUCUUUUACUGGAAGGACCGGCACUAUUAACAUUUGCUGCUGUUGCAAGAAAAGGUGCGAAUAGUUCAGAUCAUGGCAAUAAUAUUUGUAUAUUAGCACAUGGUAAUAAUUUACUAUCAGUAAUUAAUGCUGCAACGCCAUUUUUUGUGUUUCUUGCAUUUAACGAGCAAUUCCGUCGUAUGUCAUUAGUAUUCAUACAAGUUCACUUCGUACCACGACGAUUUAUGAAGAAAACAUCGGUGCCACCGCAUAAGCUACAUGGUAUUAGUUCAUCCGUAAAACUGAUCAAUAAUGCCAGUUCAUUUCCAAGCAAUUAUACACAUUUGUAG